CAUUCGGAUACAUGUAUGAUAUUGGAGAUUCCGAAGCUAUCUGUGAAAGUUAGCAAACGCACACCCAAACCGGCUUCACUGGAUCGUAACCCAACAACCAUGAUAGCGUUAGUAUUUGUGCUGACCUGUUUGGCUGCUUCGACAUACGCUUCUACAUGUCAACGAGUGGUGUGCUAUUACACCAACUGGUCCCAGUAUCGCCCUGAGCCCUUCAAAUUCUUCCCGGAAAACAUCGACCCUCGACUGUGCACCCACAUCAACUAUGCCUUCGCUAAGAUGAACGGAAAUCAGCUGGCCGCCUUCGAAUGGAACGACAUGUCAGAGACAUGGGCCAAGGGGAUGUAUGAGAGAACGAAAGACCACGUCAAAGCCCAAAACCCAAAUGCCAAAAUCCUGCUCUCUGUUGGUGGGUGGAACAUGGGAUCGGAGCCCUUCACCGCAAUGGUAGCGACAGCGGCAGGAAGGCAGGAAUUUGCAACCACCUCUGUCACCUUCCUCCGUGAACAAGGCUUUGAUGGUCUGGACCUUGACUGGGAGUAUCCAGCUAACCGAGGUAGUCCACCAGAAGACAAACAGAACUACAUCGAGUGGCUGAAGGUACUGGACGCCGUGUACCGUGACGAAGCAACUACAACUGGAAAUGAGAGGCUGCUCCUAACUGCUGCCGUUGCUGCCGGGAAGACCACCAUCGACACCGGCUACGACGUUCCAGCAGCGGCAACAUACCUCGAUUUCAUCAACAUCAUGACGUAUGACCUGCAUGGUAGCUGGGACAACACUACUGGACAUAACAGCCCCUUGUAUGCCGACCCAUCAGAGACCGGGGACCAGGUCUUCCUUAAUGUCGAUUGGGCAGCACGGUACUGGGAGUCUCUCGGCCUUCCCAAGGAGAAGCUCGUGCUUGGCCUCCCUACUUACGGAAGGACGUUCACCUUGGAGUCAGCCACUCAGACCAGCCUUGGCGAUAGCGUCUCCGGGGGAGGCUCUGCAGGACAAUACACCAGAGAGGGCGGUUUCCUUUCCUACUAUGAGAUCUGUGCAAUGAUCAACUCCGGGACACCAGUACAUAGAAUCACCUCCCAGAGAGUACCCUACAUUGUCUCCGGAACCCAAUGGAUUGGAUACGAUGACGAACAGAGUCUGAGGGAAAAGGUGCAGUACACCUUGACCAACGGUUAUGGCGGAGUGAUGGUCUGGGCUCUGGACCUUGAUGACUUCUCAAAUGCCUGCGGUUAUGGCGUCUACCCACUGAUGAACGCGAUCGUCAAUGAAUGCGGCGGAAUUCCUGUUCCUGCGGUCGUCCCUACUGAAGCCCCCGCCGCCACUCUCCGUAAGCCUGUUAUAGUGUUCCCGAGUUCGAGUCUAUCCAGUCAAAUUAUUCCUGGGACAUCAUCUAAGUCCACCGGUGCAGCGGGCCUGUCAAAUCCGAAAGCUCCCAAAAGUUCUUCUCAACCAUCGCAACUUUCUCAAGGCGCACCUGUAUCGACUCCCAAACCGGCCUCCCUGUACUCAGCUCUUCAGACACUGCAACAAUACCCAGUACAAUCAGGUCGACGUGCAUAUGGCAAGCCUCAAAGAACAGUCUUCCAGCCAAGACCCAACGUCCAGAAUUCAAGAAAUACUCAACGUAGACCUGGUGUAUCAGUUCUUCGAUCAAAUCAAUCAUAUGAAGUGAGAAUGGACGCUGCUUUACCAUCGCAUUCAAAUCCAUGGGUUCCUCGACCAUACCAAAGUCCAACGCCUUCUUUCGGUCAAUCAUAUUUAAAUCCAUCGGAGUCAUUUCCUCAACUAAGGCAACCAUAUCACAUGACAACUGGUACCCUCAACCAACCCCUCCAAUCCCCAUCUGCGUGGGAUUUUCGUGCCUCACAACCAUAUCAAACGCCAACUGGUUCUAUUUACCAGGCCUAUCCGAAGUCAUCCGUGGUUCAGCCCUUUCAAGCUCCGGGUUACCCAACACUCCAACAAUACACACAGUCACUGAUAUCGCUUCUUCAGUCAGCACAUCAAUACGAACCGCCACCAGUCCCAGUCCAGAAAUCUGUCCAGAUGUUCCAGCUCCCGAACUACUCAAGGGGUCACAUAAGCCAGUCCUUACCACGCCCAGGCUCCGUCAUUCAACACAAUGUUCGUACGUCACCAAAGGUAAACCACGUGUUGUCCCAGACUCCAGCUCCAUCUUUCCCUGGACGUCUGGGCAUGCGGACAUCUUUUAUCUCAGCUAAUACUGUAACUAAAAUCACGGACGUUGCACGUGGAACAGAGGGUGACGUGAACCAGUUCCAACCAAGGGACGUCAAUUGCAGGGGGAAACCUGAUGGUCUCUAUCCUAGCACUCUUUCCUGCCAAACCUUCUUUACCUGUCUUAACCACCAUUCAUACAAGAAGUCCUGCGAGACAGGCUUGGUCUAUAACCCAAGCAAGAAGUAUUGUGACUGGCCCUAUAAUUACAAAUGCCCGCUUGCUGUUACAGCUGAAGCACCACCAGUAGCCACAACAGCAGCACCUGUCGGCGAUGGGGGUUUCUGUGACGGCAAAGCAGAUGGCCUCCACUCAGACCCCACCACCUGCUCCUUCUACUACAACUGCGCAGGAGUUCCUGCCUACGCACCUGGAACAGGCUUCUGUGGGGGAAGGGUGGACGGAUAUUACCCCAGUGCUGUGAGCUGUGGGGAGUUCUACCACUGCAUGCAUGGGACUACAUACGUCUUGGUCUGCUUUUCUGGCUCCGAGUUCAACCCCAUUACCAUCGCCUGUGAGAAAGCUGGCACAUUUAAGUGCACCAUUGGCAGUAAUCCUGUUGACGGCGUGGCCAUGGAGCAAGAUCUGACGAAGUUCUGUGACAACAACCGUGAUGGUCUUUAUCCCAACCCUAAUGACUGCACCUUGUAUCUCCACUGUCACGAGGGCCGCACAUUCAGCAUGUCAUGUUCUCCCGGACUGUCCUUCAAUACUAAGGGAUACUGUGACUUUCCUGAAAAUGUCCUUGGAUGUGUUGGCAGUUUAGAGAUGUUGGUGUGGUCCGUCAUCUUUUCCUGUCUCUGGCUGGCUACAGGUGCCAUGACGUGUGAUCGGGUUGUGUGUUACUACACAAACUGGGCCCAGUAUCGCCCAGAGGGACAGAAGUUCUUCCCCGAGGAUGUGGACGCCACGAUGUGCACGCAUAUCAACUAUGCGUUCGCCAAGCUUGCGGGAAAUAACCUGGCGCCUUAUGAAUGGAACGACGAUUCAACAGACUGGUCCAAGGGAAUGUAUGAGCGGCUACACGACCAUGCCAAAAAGCAAAACCCGAACGUGAAGAUCUUGUUGUCUGUUGGUGGGUGGAACAUGGGAUCGGCGACAUUCACAGCCAUGGUAAAAACAGCAGCAAACAGACAAGAGUUCGCUACCAGUUCUGUGCAGUAUCUCAGAUCUCGAAAAUUCGACGGCCUUGACCUUGACUGGGAGUAUCCCGGAAACCGAGGAAGUCCACCAGAGGAUAAGCAAAAUUAUGUUGAACUUCUAAAGGCGCUUGUGAAUGUGUAUGAGGAGGAUGCGCAGACAACCGGUCGUCCACGUCUUCUGCUGACAGCCGCGGUGCCUGCUGGGAAGGGAAAUAUCGAUGCUGGCUUUGACAUCCCCGUUAUUUCAAAAUACUUUGAUUUUAUCAACAUCAUGACCUAUGACCUCCAUGGGUCCUGGGAUAAGACCACCGGUCAUAACAGUCCCCUGUAUGCAGACUCCAGUGACAAGGGAGAGAACCGCUAUCUGAACGUCGCCUGGGCAGCUGAGUAUUGGGCCAAGAACGGAGCCCCCAGGGACAAGCUGGUAAUUGGGCUGGCCACGUACGGCCGUACUUUCACCCUUGCGUCCCCCGGUGACAGUGGUCUGGGUGCCCCGGCUCGGGGGGCGGGCACGGCCGGAAGAUACACCAGGGAAGCAGGCUUCUUGUCCUACUAUGAGAUCUGCCAGCUGAUAAAGAGUGGCGCGGAUGUCCAUUACAUCGAAGACCAGAAGGUUCCAUACCUCGUCAGUGGCAACCAGUGGGUGGGGUAUGACGAUGUAAGCAGUCUCCAGACCAAGGUAAAGUUUAUGAAAGACCAGGGAUACGGUGGCGUGAUGGUGUGGGCUCUGGACUUGGAUGACUUUAUGGGUUCGUGUGGAGAGGGGACAUACCCGUUGCUUACUGCUGUCAAUGGGCAAUGUGCAGCUGACGGUGGGAGAACGCCCCAACCAACAGUAAAGCCACCCCAGGGUUCAACGACUGAUGCUUCAACAAGUUCUUCAACAAGUUCUUCAACAAGUACUUCAACAAGUACUUCAACAAGUACUUCAACGAGUACGACAACAGGUGCUCCAACAUGCGGCGGAUCAACAGCUGUUACACACUCUACAGACGAAUCAACUACCACACCUUCCACAACUACACCUUCCACAACUGCACCUACCACAACUACACCUUCCACGGCUACACCUUCUACAACUACAGAGCAAGAUUUGAAGAACUUCUGCCAAGGCAGGCCAGACGGUCUUUAUGCUGACCCGACAAGCUCCCACAGGUACAUUCAGUGUUCCAGUGGUGUCACCUACAUACGACCCUGUGGCCCAGGAACUGUCUUCAACCCACUGACCAAGGUGUGCGACUGGCCCCACAACGUACCUGGAGCAGAGGAUAAAUAGAAUGAUAAUAAUCAUUGCCGUUAUUGAUGGAUAAUAUAAUUAUUUUAUGUGCAUUGCAUGAAUUGGUACACGUGUUAUUGUUUCUCAAAAUACGAGUCGCCAAUAUUGAUGAGUUUAAAAUGUUUUAAUUGCUUAGCACAGGAACGGCUUCGAGACUGUUAUGAAUGAAUUAAAUAUUCGUGUAUGCUUUUUAUAUUGUAGAUGUGGUGAAGUGCAUGGAGUGCAUGGAGAGUUAUUGUUAUAUUAUCGUUAAGAUCGUUUACAUCUAUGAUCAUUAUAGCUUGUACAUAUGUUCGUGACAUAUCAUGACAUUACCUGAAGGUGCAAGAUCGCAUUUGACCUGUUAUAGUAUUUUUUUAAAUUUAAAUUAUUCUUAGGUUUUUGCCAGAAAGGGCACUCACUCGGCUGAAACUGAUUGUCAAAUGAAACUUCUGCACGUCAAAAAGAUGUCGGAACGACAGCCGGACAAAAACAGUUUACACAAAACAUUAUUGCAACGCAUGAAUUAUACACUUUCGCGAAGAAGUGAUAUAUGUAUAUAAUGCAAAGUUAAACAAUCCAUGAAUUUUUGGAUGUAACUGGGGAUUUUUCCAGCUUCCAGGGUCAACUUCGUUCUUUCAUUUCUUGUAAAUAAACUGUAAAUCGGUUGUGUCUUACCCGGAAAUAUGGUUUUCUUUUACAAAUAUCAGCUAUAGAAAUAGUUCGAAAUAAAUAUAGUGUACAGUA